AGCGCGCUAGUCAGUGUUCAGAACACAGGCAGGCAGGAAGGAAGCAUCGGCUUGGGCUCAUCAUAUGCUUUCACACAAUUCCAUCACAGUGGAUUGUCUCCUCUCAGCACAAAUCCCUUGCGGGAAUGGACACCCGUAGCGGGGCGAGAAGUUGCUCCACCCCGGCGCCCGCGUAACGGGGGCUGCCGGCAACACAUGGGAGCCAUCGGCGGAUGAGGUGGCGUCUUGUCACCAUCCAAUCAUGGACGGUCGUCACCUAAACUCCUCCAAACUCUGGGCUCCCGCCGCGAGGCAGCAGUCGCGGACCGUGACCCACAUGGACUACAAGUACACCCUGCUGGACUCGGGGGGUGACGACUAUCGCAAGAGGCCGCUGCUCCUGCAGGUGGACCGGGCGCCCAUGAACCUGUUCGCCGUGCUGCAGGUGAAGCCCGAGCUCCCUGGGAGGUGGAGCGCCCCCGGCUGCUUCGGCAAGGUCCGCCUAUGCGGCGUCCUCCUCGGCGUGGCCGUCACGUUCGUCAUCAUGGCCUCGUACACACUGACGGGGGACAGGAAAGAUCUCCUGCUCACGCCGUCGCCUUAUCACCACUUGGUCAAUCCCCCGGGACCCUUUGCCUUCAACCUGUCCUCCGUUAAGGACUACGCGCACCUUCAGCUGGUGGUCAAGUCCAUCGUGUCCAAGGUGGAGUUCCACAGUGCCCGACAGCUACCGGAGCUCAAGGCUCUGGUUCGCAGUGAGCAACAUAUGUUUUCAGUCAUCCCACGCCAAUUCCUUCCAGGUUUCCGCAACCCCUGCUGGUACGAGGAGUAUGCGGGCAACGUCACCUCAAACCCAUACCGCGCCAACUUGUACGCGCACUACGCACGCCGCUUCCGCGCCGUUUUCCAGCACUUGAGAGACACUUUCCGAGAGCACUUGCGGAGCCGCGACGGUAAACUUUACCGCAUCCGCUGCCUGCCGUAUUUCUACAUCAUCGGACAGCCAAAGUGCGGCACCACGGAUCUUUACGACCGCCUGCGGCUGCACCCCGACGUCAAGUUCUCCACCUUCAAAGAGCCACACUGGUGGACCCGCAAGAGGUUCGGGAUCAUCCGUCUGAGCGAGGGCUUCCAUGAACGCUACCCGGUGGAGGACUACCUGGACUUGUUCGACCAGGCCGCUCACCUGAUCCAAGGCAGCUUGGCGGCUAACAACAGUGAGACGCCGAGUCGGCCCGAUGUCAUCAUUGGCGAAGCCAGCGCCUCCACCAUGUGGGACAACAACGCCUGGGUGUACUUCUACGACAACGCCACCACCACCGGCGGGAAGCCGCCCUUCCUCAUCCAGGACUUUGUGCACGCCCUGCAGCCCGACGCUCGCUUCAUCGUCAUGCUCAGGGACCCGGUGGAAAGGCUCUAUUCAGACUACCUGUACUUUGGCAUCGCCAACAAGUCAGCGGAGGAUUUCCACGAGAAGGUGUCGGAGUCCCUGCAGCUGUUGGACGGCUGCCUGUCCGACUCCACGCUUCGCUCCUGCGUCUACAACACCAGUGUCCACAACGCCAUGCCCGUGCGACUGCACGUGGGCCUCUACGUCGUCUACCUGCUGGACUGGUUGAGCAUCUUCAGCCGUGAGCAGAUCCUUGUGCUCAGGCUCGAAGACCACGCCUCCAACAUGAAGCACACCAUGCACACCGUUUUCCGCUUCCUUGGCCUGGGGCCACUGAGUCAGCCGAUAGAGUCGGAGCUGAACAGAAGCCCCGCUUCCAACAGCAGGAGGCCGGCCGACAAGGACCUGGGCCCCAUGCUCCCCGCCACGCAACACGUUUUGCACCAUUUCUAUGCGCCUUUCAACCGCAAGCUGGCGCAAGUGUUGCACAACGACGCCUUUCUCUGGGACUCCAAACCCUGACCCUUGACACCCGACCCAUACAUUGAACCACCGCUAUAAAACAAAAUCCCCCAGGUAAUUGACAACUGCCCAAAAACACUUGUAAUUGCACGCAGAAGCCACAAGACGGCAGCAAAGCAUUUGUUGUUGUUGUUUUUUUUAAUGCAAUCAUCCAAUCAUUCGAUUAUCAUUAAUCGGCUGAAAAAAAAAGUACAAAUCUGUCGGCCCAAUUUAACUUGUAACACACAUAACCCCGCCCCUCA